AUGGCAGGAAACCCUGCCAACGUCAAGGAAGAGUUAGAAAUGUCCCUGGAUGAGGACUCGGUGCCGGGAAACCAUUCCCAAAGCCAAGAGCACAUGGCGAUCACAGAAAUGAUAGAGCGUGGACCCUGGUCUCCAGGUGUUUCUCAACGGAGACAGAAGUUGGAAUCAAAGGUUACUACUUCUGCUGGAACCCAGCCAGCUUGGACUAUGACUACCCCUCGGGCCAAGAAAACGAGGAAGGCUUCAGGCCCUUUUCAGGUGACAGUUGUGGCAGGAGACAGGGACCCUGUUACUGUUCCUUCCUCACCACAAUCUGAAACAGCCAGAGCACCUGAGAGGCAGAGGGGACAUCACUCACAGCUGCCCAGGAUGCAAAGAGACCAAGGCCAUGGUGAAACCCAUGCCCAGGAGAAUACUGGCAAUGCCCCAAACAUGAGAUACAAGUAUGAUCGCAACCCAGGGGCAGAUUUGGUGGCAGAGAUAGGCCUGGAAGAGCUCAAUGGACUGGAGAUGGAAAUCAUGAGACGACAGAUGCAGGUGAUCACUGCGCGUCUGCGCGUCCUGGAGGACCAGGAUGCCACCUGGCGCUACAAGGAGACUUUGCUCUUCACUCUGCUGCUGUCUGCCUGCAUUGUCAACCUGUGGCUGUGGAUGCGCCAGUAAUGCUCCACAGCCAGUGUAACCCCGCUAAGAGCUUUCGCCCUCUUCCCGUUUUU